UCUGCCUUGCCCAAGAUAAGUUUUGUGGGCCCUGAUCUCUAAAGGGGUGCUAGAUGUCUCUGACGUGCUCUCCGUGAGAACUGAGUAGGCCUUCGGUACCCCCAGGAGAUCCUUGGGUAUCACUUUCUCUCUCUGCCCACGCCUCCAACUCUGAGAAUCCAUUGCUAGUCUCUGAUCCCUCCUGACUCUUUCUGGGUGGGGAUAAGGUUUUGCAGGGGCCACAGAGGUAAGUAGGAAGCAGCAGAGGAGGAGCCCUGCCCACUGGGCCUGUGCCCACUCCUCAGCUCAACCGUGGCAUCUGCCAGUGGAGCUUCACUGUGGCUGGCGCUUGUGACUUUCUCUGUUUAUUUGUCCCUCUCCUUUGUUCUUUCAUGCCACAGGGGUCGGGGUGAGGCAGGCUAACUAGGAGAGAGAUUCCCCCAAAAUAAAGGACCUUCAGGCCAAGGGCCUCAAUUUGCAGCCCCGAAGUGUAGCCCAUCACUUCCUGGGCCUGUUUUGGAGGCCCUCGCUGGGUCCCCAGAAUGCUGGGAGCCAGGGCGUAUCUGUAAGGCAGAGGGCCAGGUACCACGGCUCCCUGCCUCUCUGCCUUCGCCAGGUGAGAGGUGGAAGAAACUCUCUGCCAGGGAGGCUUGGAGGCCCAGGCGGCUUGCCUGAGAGUUCCGGUUUCUGUUCCUGGCCACAUCACAGGCUCCUUUGGCCCGGGCACCACUGAAGCCCCAGCGGCAUUAGAUAGGCCCGAGAUCCUCCCAUCACGGAGUGGAGGCUGCAGUGAGCCACCUCCUUCAUCCUCCCUCAGGGCUGCCCCUGCUCCUGAGACUGCACAUCCUGACAGUUAAUCCUCGGCUAUUCAGUUUGCUCUGGAAACCUGGAAAUCACCUUUGAAAUUUCCCUUCUUUGUUCUCACUGCCAAGGGCAGAGAGGGCGUAGGGAGGCCUAAAAGGCUGAAGCAGUGAGUUUCCAAUUCUCGAAGCUGCCCCUACUGGGCUCCUAGGAAGGGUUUGGGUGUCCAGCGGUGCAGGCGUCUGGAGCCCUCCUGCCCAGGCCCGGUCCUUGUGCACCACCCCCUCCUCCCCAAACACACUCACCCCCAAGAGAGAAAUAGAUACCAAGGAGAGAGGAGGUGUUGGUGACGGCUCAGGCCCUCCAGAGGCCUCGCUGUAACCUGAGCAGAGGUAUGCACUUCGAGGCCACCCAAGGGCGUACAGUAUCCCCUGGGACAUGUAAUGGGCCCUCUCUGGAACUGGCUGGGAGCUGACCAGAUCUUCUAAAACCAGUCCUGGGUCAAUUAGAGAGUCUGCCUCCUCUAGGCCAAGAAUUCCGCAGUGAUGCUGGCGACUUCGCCACUUGCCCUUUCCAGAUCCCUACUAAGCCCCUGGGAAAAGGCUGAGGGAUAUCCUGAUGGAAGCCACUGGAAGAGCGGCAUCCGGGGCUGUGAUGACGGAUGUUUUCCUGCUUCCUUUGGUGGCAGGGAGGGGCUGGAAGGGAAAGGCUUCCCAGGUGGACGGCUUUGAUAACUCCUUCAGAAGGAAGUGGAGAGAGGAAGUCCUUUUUCUACGUCCACACUCACCUCGGUCCCCAGGCCCUCAGAAAGAUCCCUGAAGGGUGGCUGACCCAGGCUUUUUCAUUUCCCUCCUGUGGGUUGACUGCAGCUCCUGACUCCCUUGGAAGUCAGCCAGGCAGUGUUGACUAGAGAACCCCACUCAGGAGCGUUGGAGUUCAAAGGAGGGGCACAUGGCACGUGACCAAGGCGUGGGGGUGGGGGGGCCUUGCUUUCCAGAUAAGACUCCUGGAUCCAUCUCUAGGGGUGGGCCUGAGCUGCCAGUGGGUCCUUAGAGAAAAUCAGGCGGCAUUUAGCACAUAUGCCUUUUCUUGGCUACAAGCAGUUGAACAAAUGGGGAAAAUAAGAGGGUUUGUCAAGGCCUAAGGCCUGAAAGUUGGGUACCUUUCAUCGAAUACACCAGACAGGUCCUAAGGAGACUUGACAGGUACACAAGUCUUUUUCUCCCCCCAGUAUCGGUAACUUUUUUUCUUCUUAAUUUAAGACCCAGGAAUCCUCAUUUUUGACCAGGUGUGCUUUUCUUUUAAAGUAUGAAUCAUGAGCAAGUAGUCAUACAGGAAACUUUAUCCCCUGCCCACCCACCCUUGAAACAGGCCAGUGCUAGAAAGGAACAGAAUACAGCAGGAAAAGGGCAAAGGCAGAAAAGGAGAGCAGGCGAGCUGCAGUCUUGUCUUUGAGGAGCGUUUGAGAGGGAAGGGCUCUGGAGUCUGUUAGCAGGAAUGGAGAAGCCUGCUUUGAGGUACAGAAGACGGUCCCUGCCAGUGAAACCAAACCACCUGCUGAGACUUUCCACUGGGGCCGUCUUGCAGGUGGGGCCAGGAGCUCAGGUCUCAGCCUGGUAACCCUCACACCUAGAGCCGGGUGAGGGGGUGAAGGUGAGGAACAACAGCAGGAAAUGGAGUGUUUGUGGCCUAAAAGUUAUCAGGAUGCCCUGUGACUUAGUGGAAAGACAGGAUCAGGAGCCCCAAGGCCUGAUUUAACAUUCUGACCUUGCUAAUUAUUUAUGUGACUUUGGGCAGGAUGCUUAAACUUUCUAAGACUCAUUUUAUCUAAAAAAUGGCAGAAACAAUACCUACUUUGUAAAGAGUGGUCAUGAGGGUGGAGUGAAGGCAGGUUGCAAAGUCUAAGCACGGAACAAAUGUGAGGGGUACCUGCCUGUGGGUUUACCUCCACUUAAAUAGACGCGGAAUCUAACGAGAAGAGUGGGUCACACAUUUCUCCCUCCCUGUCAGCUGAAGCAGGGCCUUCCCCGCCCACUCCAUGCUGAUUAACUGGCUUGCCCUCUAUCUCUGGCAUCUCCAAGACCACAGCUUUUUUUUUUUUUUUUUCCUGGUGGAGAGGAGCUGGGAAAUGUAGCUUUGGCCAGCACGGGAGAAGGGGCCUUUAUGUAUACCAGCAAAGACCCGAUUGUUACUGAAUCCGAACUGGGCUGCUUUUCCCAAUUAUCUCCACUACUCUUCUGGUCUCCACUUUUCCGAUGCCAAGUUUUAACCCACAACAAAAGCUCCUGUCGGGACUGAUUUAUAAUCCAGAUCUGAUGACCGGGCCCUAAAGUGUCCUUCCCCUCCAGGACUGCAGCUGGCUUAAAGUCACCACGGAAGCCUAGGGCCUCCAGUCUUUUCACCUCUGCCCUUUGCCCCUAGCCAGGAGGUGGCACCUGUCUCCGGGUCCUGGUGGACUGGCCUCCCUGGGGUUCCUGUGUCCACCUGCCCAGUUCUGAGGACCAGCUGGCAAGGAGGACACCCCGGCACCACCCAGCAGGCCAGAGCUACAAGUUACUUCUAGGAGCUGUUGUGGGCGGAGGCUGGAGGUUCUGAAGGUGCGAGUUCGUCUCCAGCGUUCGUCUCCCCUCAGCCGCUUUCAUCUGAACUUUAGGGCUCUUGUCACUUGUUAUUCAGCCUUCCAGCGACACCAGAAGGAGUCAUUUCCUGAGGGUAGGCUCUGUGCAACCAGAGUCGAGGGUUGUCUUAGCCGGGAUUUGGCCGAGGGGCGCUGAGCAGGUCCUUCUGCCUGGAGAGUGAGAAACAAGGGGUAGAAGGUCUCCGGAGACUUGGGAGGUCUUCCUGCCUGGUGAGGCCCGUUCCAGGCUGAUCGCAGAGGUCAGAGGAAGUUGGGGCCACGAAACGAAGCAGAAUCGGGGACCAAGAAACAGAGCACUCUGGUCCACUCCGAAGAGAAGCCCUGGAUACUCGCCCUGAGGUGGCCCGCCCGCCUUCGUUCCAGUAACCGCAGCGUGGGGAGCCCCUUAGCCCCAUUCCCGAGCCCGGCCGCCCAACCCGCGCGGUUGGCCUUGGGGGGCACUUCGGAAAGACCGGGGCAGCUGGCCUGGACCUUAGAGCCAGGGCGUGCGCCAUGGCCCCACACUGGGCUGUCUGGCUGCUGGCAGUGGGGCUGUGGGGCCUGGGCAUUGGGGCUGAGGUGUGGUGGAACCUGGUGCCCCGGAAGACCGUAUCUUCUGGGGAGCUGGCCACGGUGGUGCGGCGCUUCUCCCAGACAGGCAUCCAGGACUUCCUGACGCUGACCCUGACCGAGCAGACCGGGCUUCUGUAUGUGGGGGCCCGGGAGGCCCUGUUUGCCUUCAGCGUGGAGGCUCUGGAGCUGCAGGGAGUGAUUUCAUGGGAGGCGCCAGCUGAGAAGAAGGCCGAGUGUAUCCAGAAAGGGAAGAGUAACCAGACGGAGUGUUUCAACUUCAUCCGCUUCCUGCAGCCGUAUAACACAUCCCACCUGUAUGUCUGCGGUACCUACGCCUUCCAGCCCAAGUGCACCUACAUCGACAUGCUCACCUUCACUCUGGAGCAUGGCGAGUUUGAGGAUGGCAAGGGGAAGUGUCCCUAUGACCCAGCUAAGGGCCACACCGGCCUCCUUGUGGAUGGUGAGCUGUAUUCGGCCACGCUCAACAACUUCCUGGGCACGGAGCCCGUCAUCCUGCGAAACAUGGGGCCCCACCAUGCUAUGAAGACAGAGUACCUGGCCUUCUGGCUCAACGAACCUCAUUUCGUGGGCUCCGCCUACAUCCCGGAGAGCAUGGGCAGCUUCACGGGGGAUGACGACAAGGUGUACUUCUUCUUCAGCGAGCGGGCCGUGGAGUACGACUGCUAUGCCGAGCAGGUGGUGGCCCGCGUGGCCCGCGUCUGCAAGGGCGACAUGGGGGGCGCGCGGACGCUGCAGAGGAAGUGGACCACGUUCCUGAAGGCGCGGCUGGUGUGCUCUGCGCCCGACUGGCAGCUCUACUUCAACCAGCUGCAGGCGCUACACACCCUGCAGGAUGCCUCCUGGCACAACACCACUUUCUUUGGGGUUUUUCGGGCGCGGUGGGGCGACAUGGACCUGUCAGCAGUCUGUGAGUACCAGUUGGAAGAGAUCCAGAGGGUGUUCGAGGGGCCCUACAAGGAGUACCACGAACAAGCCCAAAAGUGGGGCCGCUACACCGACACGGUACCCAGCCCGAGGCCCGGCUCGUGCAUCAACAACUGGCACCGACGCCAUGGCUACAGCAGUUCCCUGGAGCUGCCCGACAACACCCUCAACUUCAUCAAGAAGCACCCGCUGAUGGAGGAGCAGGUGGGGCCUCGGUGGGGCCGGCCCCUGCUGGUGAAGAAGGACACCAACUUCACCCGCCUGGUGGCUGACCGGGUCGCUGGGCUUGACGGAGCCACCUGUACAGUGCUGUUCAUCGGCACAGGAGAUGGCUGGCUGCUCAAGGCCGUGAGCCUGGGGCCCUGGGUCCACCUGAUCGAGGAGCUGCAGGUGUUUGAUCAGGAGCCUGUGGAAAGCCUGGUCCUGUCCCGAAGCCAGAAGAUGCUCUUCGCCGGCUCCCGCUCCCAGCUGGUCCAGCUGCCCCUGGCCGACUGCGGGAAGUACCGCUCCUGUGCCGACUGCGUGCUCGCUCGGGACCCCUACUGUGCCUGGAGCGUCAACACCAGCCGCUGCGUGGCCGUGGGCAGCCACCGCGGAUCCCUGCUGAUCCAGCACGUGACAGUCUCAGACACCUCGGGCAUUUGUAACUUCCGGGGCAGUAAGAAAGUCAGGCUCACGCCCAAAAACAUCACAGUGGUGGCAGGCACAGACCUGGUGCUGCCCUGCCGCCUCUCCUCCAACCUCGCCCACGCCCGCUGGACCUUCGGGGGCCGGGACCUGCCCGCGGAGCAGCCCGGCUCCUUCCUCUAUGACACGCGGCUGCAGGCCCUGGUGGUGAUGGCCGCCCAGCCCCGCCAUGCCGGGGCCUACCACUGCUUCUCAGAGGAGCAGGGGGCCCGGCUGGCUGCCGAAGGUUACCUGGUGGCGGUGGUGGCAGGCCCAUCGGUGACCCUGGAGGCCCGGGCCCCCCUGGAGAACCUGGGGCUGGUGUGGCUGGCUGUGGUGGCCCUGGGGGCCGUGUGCCUGGUGUUGCUGCUGCUCGUUCUGUCCCUGCGCCGGCGGCUGCGGGAGGAGCUGGAGAAAGGUGCCAAGGCGGCGGAGAGGACCCUCGUGUACCCUUUGGAGCUGCCCAAGGAACCCACCAGUCCCCCCUUCCGGCCCAGCCCCGAGACCGAUGAAAAACUCUGGGACCCCGUGGGCUACUACUAUUCAGAUGGCUCCCUCAAGAUCGUGCCUGGACAUGCCCGGUGCCAGCCCGGCGGCGGGCCCCCCUCGCCGCCUCCUGGCAUCCCCGGCCAGCCCCUGCCUUCUCCAACUCGGCUCCACCUGGGGGGCGGGCGGAACUCCAAUGCCAACGGAUACGUGCGCUUACAGCUGGGCGGGGAGGACCGGGGCGGCCUCGGGCACCCGCUCCCUGAGCUCGCCGACGAGCUGAGGCGCAAACUGCAGCAGCGCCAGCCGCUGCCGGACUCCAACCCCGAGGAGUCCUCGGUGUGAGGGGACCCCUCCGGCGGCGGGGCGGCGUGGGAGGCGCGGCUCCUACUUUUUGCACAGGCACCAGCUACCUCAGGGACAUGGCGCGGGCCCCUGCUCUGCCCGGGACGGACCCUGCCCGGCCAUGAGGACCUGCUCUGUCAGCACGGGCACUGCCACUUGGUGUGGCUCACCAGGGCACCAGCCUCACGGAGAGCACCUUUCUCUGUGAGGGACUGUGAAUCACAGACGAACGGGACCCCAGCAGCCAAAACCUUUCAAGGCAGAAGUUGGAGAUGUGGGUGUGUUUGUGUAUAUCCGUGUGUGUGGAUGUGGAUGUGUGCACGUAUGUGGAUGUGGGGGUGUGUGACAUAGUCUUCCUGUUUCUGUCAAGUCUUCCUUUGGCUCGGGGUCCUCCUGGUGGGUCAUUGGCGCUAUGAAGGGGAAGGGGUUGUAUCACUUUGCCUCUCCUACCCCCACCUGUCCCCAGUGGGGGGCAACCAUGUACAUAUGGGGGUGGGCUGGGCAGGGUGCUGUGCCCCUUUUAGGGGAGUCCAGGGCUCUGGGGUGGGCCCAGUCCUACCCCCAGGGCUGUGAAUGUUUUCAGGGUGGGGGGAGGGAGAUGCAGCCUCCUGUGUGUUUGGGGGGAAGGGUGGGAGGGGCCUCCCACUUGGUCCUGGGAUUCGUGGUAUUUUAUACUUGUCCUCCCUGGCAGGG